AUGGCCAGCAAGCGGCUCAUCAAAGAGCUCGAAGCCUACAAACGGGAGCCGUCGUCGGCGUUGAAAGUGUUGGAGCCGAAGAGCGAGGAUGAUUUGUUCCAUUGGGUGGCUGUUUUGAGGGGGCCAGAGGGGACGGCUUAUGAAGGCGGUCGCUUCCACCUUACUAUCACCCUACCCCCAACAUACCCCAACACGCCGCCGGAAAUCCGCUUCCAAACCCCCAUCUGCCACCCGAACGUCAACUUCAAAACGGGCGAGAUCUGCCUGGACCUGCUCAAGACGAGCUGGACGCCGGCGUAUGGGAUUGUGAGCACGCUGGAGGCGGUGCAGCAGUUGUUGAGCGCGGGAGGGGAGCCGGAUAGUCCGUUGAAUAUCGAUCUGGCGAGGUUGUUGCGGGAGGGGGAUUUGGUUGGUGCGGAGGGGUUGGUGAGGUUUUAUACGCAGAUGUUGGCGGUGCCUAGGUGA